AUGGGUAUCGUGUAUGAGACAAAAAGUGGUGCUGUGGUUGGUGACAAUGGUUACUUUGAUGUAUCUAUACCACUGAGUCUUUUGCUAGGAUUUGCUGAAGAUUACCAUAAAGUUGUCAUCAAUGCAAAGCAUGAGUUGAUUUUAAUAAGAUCAAAUGCUAAUUUAAAUGCAUACAUUGUGGCCACCCCUGCUGCUGGAGCUCAUGCUGAAACUGUUAAAAUUACGCUGCAAAAAAUCGAUUGGAUUGUACCAUAUGUAACUAUGGCUGAUAAACAAAAAAUUGAAGCCUUGAAUUAUAUUACAAGUGAUCCAGCUAUCUCAAUCAGUUUCCGGGCUUGGGAGAUGUACGAGUAUCCUCUAUUGCCAAAUACUUCGAAGCACAUUUGGGCAGUUAGAACAUCUACGCAGCUCGAGAAACCACGUUUUGUGAUACUUGGAUUUCAAACAGCAAGAAAAAAUGAUGCAACUAAAAAUGCCAGCGUAUUUGAUCACUGCAACAUCAGAGACAUAAAAUUAUUUCUAAACUCUCAGAGUUAUCCUUAUGGAAAUUUAAACCUCAACAUUGCAAACAAUCAAUAUGCUCUGUUCUAUGAUAUGUAUAUGAAUUUCCAAAUUUCAUACUACAACAAAGAACCUGAACCACUGCUGACGAAAAAAAAAUUUUUGGAACAAGCACCACUGUAUGUUAUUGAUUGCUCAAAACAAAACGAAUCGAUAAAAUCUGGACCAGUGGAUAUUCGUCUGGAAUUUGAAUCUACAAAUCAAUUUCCUGUGCAGAUAUCAGCUUAUUGUCUCAUUAUACAUGAUCGCAUAGUCAAGUAUAAUCCUACAAACAGCAUCGUACGAAAACUAAUAUGA